AGAGGUGGAUGUGUCCAUGCUCACAGCCCCACAUCUUCCCUGGAAUCGCUGUUGUUCUGAGACUGACAUCCCCCCACCCAGCUCCCUCCUCCCCCUCCCGCCACCUACCCUUUCUUCUGGGGAAGGGGGAUUUAUUUUGCAGCCUGCCUCACAGCAGAGCAGACCCCACUGCAGGCUCCUCUCUCACUCAGAGGGGGACACAGGGACCAGGAGACAAAACCCCCAUCCUCAUCCUCCAUGCCGGCUCCCCUCCCCCACCAGCCCUGCUCAAAAUGACCCAGAUCCCCUCAUACCGGGCGACAGACCCCCGCUCGCUGCUCUCAGCCUGCCUCCUGCUAAUAUGGCCAAACUUUCCCUGCUGAACUUCAUCCCCAUCCUCUGAGGCCGGGAGACCCCGGGACCCCUCCUCCGUUCCUGCAGCCAGACCUCUGCCUCUGCCCCCAGUCCCGGCGUUUCCUGCAGACAAAGAGACCAUGUUCCUGCGGGAGCUGCUCCCAGCCCUGUGCCUGAGGAUGGUGCACGUCUGCCUGGUGUCAGCCCUCAGCCUGGACCCCAUCUACUGGAACAGCUCCAACAGGAGGUUCCAGGAUACGGAAGGGUACGUGCUAUAUCCUCAGAUUGGGGACCGAUUGGACUUGUUGUGCCCCCGCUCGGAACCCCACGGGCCCUUCUCCUCAUCCCCCUAUGAAUACUACAAGCUUUAUUUGGUGGGCACAGAAGAAGAGGUGCUAAAGUGCACCGUCCUGAGGACCCCAAACCUCCUCCUAACCUGUGAUCGGCCCGGCCAAGACCUCCGCUUCACCAUCAAGUUCCAAGAGUACAGUCCCAACUUGUGGGGCCACGAGUUCAAAUCCCACCGGGACUAUUUCAUUAUUGCAACUUCGGAUGGGACCCCAGAGGGGUUGGAGAAUCUUAAUGGAGGCGUGUGUCAGACCAAAGGCAUGAAGGUCACCUUAAAGGUUGGACAGAGCCCGGACGGAGGUGUGUCUCCCCGCAGACCCUCAGCGAGAGAUAAAGAUUCGGGGCUCUCUCCAUCGGUACCAAACCAAGACUCCUCAAUAUUUGCAGGAGACACAUCAGGCAACGCCACCAAAACUGGAGAAAAUGGGCCACUCCCUAAUUCCCACGUACCUCUUGUCGCCGGGGCGGUUGGGGGAGCCGUCCUUCUCCUAUUUGUGUUUGGCGUGGUGGGAUGGGUCUGCCACAGACGCCGGCAAGCCAAGCACAGCGACACCAGACACCCUCCCCUCUCAUUGGGCUCCAUUACUUCCCCAAAGCGAGGAGGGGGCAACAACAACGGGCACGAGCCCAGCGACAUUAUAAUGCCUCUGAGGCCUUCAGAAGGAGGUGCCUUCUGCCCUCAUUACGAGAAGGUCAGUGGGGACUAUGGACACCCCGUAUACAUUGUACAAGACAUGGCGAGCCAGAGCCCGGCCAAUAUCUAUUACAAAGUAUGAAAAAAAGACGCUAUCUUUGGCUUUUUUUUUUUUGUUUGUUUUUUUGUUCCUUUUUUGGAGGGCAGGGGGCUUAUUGUAGGAUAUUUGAAAGAUGGGGGUGGAGAACAUUAUAAAAGUAAAGGUUUCAUUGCAGAGCCCCCCUUCCCCCGCGCAUGCACCGCCCGCCCGCCUGCCUUACUCGGCCUCCCCAAGACGCGAGGCGCUGAAUUACAGAGCGGAGGUGCUGAUUUAUAGUCUAACCAGCAGCUAUUUGUCGAAAAAACUCGCUCCACCGCAGGCCAUAGAUGGUCAACGAGAAGGUCCAAGGUACCGGCCUCUACGUCUUAUCUCCCUGCCAGGGCGGGGGAGGGAUGUGGCGAGCCGUCAUGACGAAGUAACUCACCGGAGGCGACCUGUGUAAUGGAGACGAGCGAGCGACAAAGUCAGCUGUCGCUGAACCAAUAUGGCGGCAGUUCUCCAAGAAAUAUAUAUAUAUAUUUAUAUUUUCUUUUUACUCUCCAGCCCAAAGCCUUAAAUAAUAGCCUAUACCAUCUCUGUCCCUUCCUCCUACUGAUAUUUGCACAAAAGUUAAGUCACCUUCUUUGAAAAAAUGAUUUCCAGCUACGAUUCAGCCCCGUUUGAUGUCCUUCUCUCUUGUGCCUUUUUUGGAAUAUAGGCAAAAGAUGCGUCCCCCGCUGUUUACACCUCUAAUUUCGAAUUGUCACGGUUUACGUCUUAUGUCACCAUAAAACGCCAGGAGCCCUUUCUGCCUUUUUAUUUUCCCAAAUAAAUAAAAUAACGUGGUUCUAGGGGGGGGUGGGGGGGUGGACACACCAAAACCCUCCCUCUAUACAUAGUGAUGUUGCUCCGGCUGUGUCCGCACGCUGGGACAUGUUGAAAUAUUGCACCUCUGCUGCGAGCAUGGGAGAGGAAAACAGGAGGGGAGAGAGAACGGAGCGUAAUUAAGCUAGGCCCCGUAACCAUGGCGACGGAUCGGGACUACUCGCUCCUCAGAGUCUCCCCCCUCCGUGUCUGCCUCGCUCUCUCCCUCUCUGCUGUGGCAUUAAAAUGUCGGUCGCCAGGGAGACAGGGAACGAAAAUGAGCGAUAAAAAAAAAAAAAAGAAGAAGAAGAAGAGGGGGGAGAUGUAGUUUUACAGCUGAACAUUAGAUGGAUAUUUGAAGAUGUCAGCUUCACAAGUAAAUACACUUGAUAAAAGAUGGGCCCGCCAGGGCGGGGGGUCCAUUUUUAGACCUGACGACGGUCUCCUAACCCCCAUCCCCCCCUCUCCAACUCCUCAAAUGAAAUCAUAGCCCUGUGAAAACGAAGCGGACUCCCAUCUCCCAUGCCAACCUGAGACCCUGACGCUAUUGUGUUGGAGAUAUUAAAGGGAUGUUACAUUUACCCAAUAAAGGUUCUUUUGUCCGCGGUCGUAUGUACGGCUGUGAUAGGAAGUGACAGGUUUGGUUCGGGUCGGGAUACUGCGGCACAGUUCUCGUUACCAGGGGUAAGGUGUCGCGCCCGGCUUUAAAUCCCAUUAAUGAAUCCCACUUUUAUAUAUGGGAAAAUCCGUCUAGUCUCCUGUGUGCGCUCUUUAUUUAUAGGGCCGUAACCCCGUCCUACCAUUAAUAUGAUCUGAUUUUGACACUCUUUAUUAAGUCGUGUUGGCAGGCGUGGCCUCCAGUUGUUUGAUUUAUUUUAUUACGUUCCUUUUAGUUUAUCUCUAUAUACUUAAAAUAAAAUUACCAUAAAGUGUUAGAAAAAAAAAAAACGCACAUAAAAGUGCCGCUUUGGGGGGCAAAACUGCAGCACUUUUUAUUCCGUCAGAGACUUUUUGGGGGCUUAUUUAAUAACCUAGUGCCAACAGCGCUGGAGCCGUGUGACCCGUAGCGACUAAUCAGCUAUUUUCUCUGAUUAAUAUAAUCUGACAGCUGACUCGUUGCGGUGGGUUACGACGCAUUAUUGCGCUUAAAAGCAUUGUUAUUAAAUAGGACCUUUGAUCUCUAAUGGAAUAUAAUCUUCGUUUCCUCCCUCGUAAGAAAAAAGAGCUAAUGCUCCUUCAGACGACCUGGCUUGGAGCGCUUAUAGGAAAACAGCGCCGUGGUCCUCGCAGCCUUCUGAUUCUUAAGCCAAAAACCUUUGUUGCGUUCACACGGGCAUUAAUUACAGACGCGUCCCAGACAAAAACACAGGAACAGUCUGCGUGCAGCAUUUUCUUGUGCGUUUGCCUGCGUCGGCCUAUGAUAUGCCGCAAAUGUCGAGAAGUGCACCAAUCCCGCCUAUCUAUACGACCCCAUGGGAAAUAAUAUUUGUCUCGGUGGAUUAUUUUUAUACGCACUGACCAUAUAUAUUUUUUACAUCUUUUGGGUUUUUCCUUUUAUUACAGUGGAGAUUGCACCAUUUUCUUUACGUUUUGUAACUUGGUUUAUUUUUUUAAUAAAUACUACCUUAGCGCUCGGAUGAUAUGUUUUGGUUAUAUUCAAAAAUUUCUUAAGAAAUAAUAAGCUGUUUUUGAUUUUUUUAAAAUCUAUUUUUAUGUAUUUGGAAGAAUAUAACACUUUGAGACUAAAUACGGGAAUACAAAUAGGAUUUAUUUUGACUUUUAAAAAAAAAAUUGUAAAAAAUUGCGGAAUAUUCAUAUAAUAUUUCGGCUGAUUAUUCUGGACAAAGACUGUCGUUUCCCACCAAAUUGGAUUUCAUUACUGAGGGUGUGAAGGUGUUAAAAAAUCCAUAUUAGUUUUCUCUUUGCUGAGGUAUUAUAAAGAGUCGCUUAUGUAUAGUGGCAGAUACAAUUGCGUAGAAAUGUACAAUGUUUUGUGCCACCGAUAUACCAUGGAGAUGUGUUACAAAAGGCUCCUGAGGGACUUCGCACUUAGUUGAAUCACCCCACAGAAUCCAAAUAAUUUGUUGCAUGCCGGGGUGAAGUGACCUUACCAAAUUUCAGAAGUUUGUCUUGUCAUUAUUAAGGUGAAUCUUUCAAAUAAGCAUUUCUCAUACUGUUUAUAUAUGUAGUAUAUUUUUGCUAUACUAUACAGCUACCCCCCUAAACUAAAUGGCAGCCAUUUUGUGGCCAGCACCAAUAACCAUGGUAAUACUUUUAUUAUUUCACUUACAUUUGCAGCCUAUCAACUCGCCAGGGUUUAGUGAUAUCAUUAAGCGGUAGCGUGCCUCACCGAUGUCACUAGUUCCUCAUGUAUUGAGAGGCGGAAUAUUAUUGGGUUUACCACAAAAUGGAGGCUGCCAUUGGGUUUUGGGUUUGGCUGUACAUUAAGGGGCAUAUUCAGUUAGCUGUGGUAAAAAAUAAUUUUACUGUGACUUUAAUUAAUGCACUUAUCGCGCGCUCGUAAUUCUUGACCAGUUUAAUUAGAAGACGUACUUGUAUGGUAAUUUUGGCUGUUAAUAGUCGCAUUAAGUGUAGGGAAAAAUGAGCGAACAACUCUGUACCCCCAAAAAAUGCAUAAAAUAUUGGAUAAUACAAUAGAUGUCUAUUAGUGCAAAAUGAAAAAUAUUUGGUGCUCCUCCUCCUACGAUGAAUUGGCUGAUUUUUGCAUUUUUAUUUUUUAUUUUUAUAAAAUUAUAGAAAACAAGAUUUUGCAAGCAAAUAAAUGUUCUAGGUUAAUGGGGGCUGCAUAAAAAUGCCUGUAAAUUGAUAUUUGAGCCACUUAUAAAAAUGUGUUAAACGCAACACCUGUAACUCACACCUGCAAAGGCUUAAAACAUCUGUCCCAUUCAAACAGUACCCUCAUAUACUUGCCACACAACUUUUAACCCAUUCUGCACUUUGCAGAAUAUCACCCCAAAAAUUCCAUGUAAUUUUUGGCCAAAUUAAGAUAAUUAAAACUAAUAAGUGCCUAAUUGUAUCUUUAGGAGGGUGUAUCGGGGGUUGUGAACCAAGACCCAACAUUUGUACUUCAAAAUGUGGAUUUUCAGAAACUUCACCCGCUCAGGGGCUCAGAAAAAAAAAAAAGCUGCGUUAAAUCCUACUGAAAAUUACCACAGCUAAUUGAAUAGGAAAAACUUGAGUUAAGGUGAAUUGCGGGUUAACUCGGCUAAAUGUAAUUUGCCCCUAAUUGUCUUACUUUGUGCAAAUAAUCAGGCUUAUGCCAAACGUGGCUGGCUGUCUCCCUUUCUAUUUUGUAAUCUCAGGCUUUAACGUAGCUAUAUUGGGCUUGUGUCCAUAUGUAAUGUCCCGUUUGCCUUACCCCCCCUUCAGAGCCUACAUAUCAGAGCACAGCUGACAUGUCUCCAUUUUGUAACAUGCAUUAGACACUCAGGUCUAUCUGCCGGGGGGAAAUCACCUAGCUUGGCGGAGGUUCCACCAGUGUCUCAUAGAUGAUUGUCAACCCUGACUCCAUUACUUUCAAAAUGGCUGCCCUCACGUCAAGUGUCAUUAAAUUCAUUUUUUUUUUAUAGCAACCGCUAUUGUCAGGAGGUUUGUGAUGUGUUCAUUAAGUGAAAGUUGGAUUCCAUGAUUCCUAAUUAAAUAUUGUGAUCAUUUGAAAACAGUGUUCUCGUUGCCUUGACCACUUGUACCAACCCCUUCGCAAAAAGAGGGAAAAAAAAUAUCUGUAAAUAUUUUACACAUUUGUUAUUAUUUUUUUGUUUUUUUAGUUUUUUUUGUAGCAUUUUUUGUUAAAAAAACAAACAAAAACAAAAAUAGUUUUUUUGUAUAAUUUUAAUUUAGAAUGGCGAUCAUUUUGUAAAAGAAAAAGUUGUCAUUAGAGAUAAUUUAUGAAUUAAUUAGAAUAUUGUUAGCGCCUUGGAAUUGUAAUUAGCACAUGGCUCCUUUUGAAGGGGAAACAUUUUUUUUUUUUGCUUCUUUGUGGUAAAUGAAUUAAAAGUU